AUGCUGCGCCGAACGGCCCGUCUCGCUCGCACGCCUGUCAGCGUGUUUCUGCACGAGCCGUCGCAGCGGAAGACGUUUGAUGAGACACUGGCCGAAUGCAACGCCAAGGGAAUUGACAUGGCGAGCAGCCUCAGUUCCGACUUCGCCCUUCUGCAGUCGAAGCUGCUGAAGUACCGUGUUGUUCGCCUGCGCGACGAGCUUCGGUACGUCCGGCGGCACCCAAUGAAUAGCCUGCCUGCUUUCAGUAGCCUGAUGAUGCACUUGGUAUGCAUGACAGCGCUUUUCUUUCUGUUCCGCAUUAUGGGCCGACUUUCUUUGUGGCCGCUGGUGAAACCACCCGGGGAACCUGCGAUUGUUUCAGCGGCAGAGGUAACUGAAGGAGAUACACCAUCUAGCAACGGUGAGGAAACGAAGGAAUAG